CCGCUGGGGGGGGCCGGCAGCGGCACAAGAUGGCGGCGGACAGCGAACCCGAGUCGGAGGUGUUCGAGAUCACGGACUUCACCACCGCCUCCGAGUGGGAGAGGUUUAUUUCAAAAAUAGAAGAAGUAUUGAAUGACUGGAAACUUAUUGGGAUUUCUUCAGGCAAACCUCUAGAGAAGGGUAUAUUUACCACAGGAACAUGGGAAGAGAAAUCAGAUGAAAUUUCGUUUGCAGACUUCAAAUUCUUAGUUACCCAUCAUUAUCUUGUACAAGAGCCCAGUGACAAAGAUGGGAAAGAAGAGCUGGGAGAAGAUGCCCUUCCUCUGCCAAUGCAGGACUUGCUGUGCAUGAACAAUGACUUUCCUCCUCGAGCCCACUGUCUGGUGAGAUGGUACGGCCUACGUGAGUUUGUGGUUAUUGCUCCAGCUGCAAAUAACGAUGCUGUUAUCAGUGAAUCCAAGUGCAACCUCUUGCUGAGCUCCAUUUCCAUUGCACUGGGCAACACUGGCUGUCAGGUGCCCCUGUUCGUGCAGAUCCACCACAAGUGGCGCCGCAUGUACGCGGGGGAGUGCCAGGGCCCGGGCGUGCGCACGGACUUCGAGAUGGUUCAUCUGCGCAAGGUGCCCGGCCAGUACACCCACCUGGCAGGGCUGCUGGACAUCUUCAAAACCAAGAUUGGCUGCCCUUUAACACCUCUGCCUCCAGUUAGCAUGGCCAUUCGCCUUACCUUUGUGCUCCAGGACUGGCAGCAGUACUUCUGGCCACAGCAGCCACCAGAUAUAGAUGCUCUAGUUGGGGGAGAAGUUGGAGGACUGGAAUUUGGGAAGUUACCAUUUGGUGCCUGUGAAGAUCCUAUUAGUGAGCUGCAUUUAGCUACAACAUGGCCUCACCUUGCAGAAGGGAUAAUUGUUGACAACGAUGUUUAUUCUGACCUGGAUCCACUUCAAGCACCCCAGUGGUCUGUGAGAGUUAGAAAAGCAGAUAACCCUCAGUGUCUGUUGGGGGAUUUCCUUACUGAGUUCUUCAAGCUUUGCCGGCGGAAGGAGUCAACGGAUGAGAUCCUUGGAAGGUCUGCAUUUGAUGAGGAAGGAAAAGAGGUUGCUGAUAUCACCCACGCACUGUCAAAGCUCACAGAGCCAGCACCAGUCCCAAUCCCCAAAUUAUCAGUCACAAACAUGGUUCACAGUGCCAAGAAGAAGAUCCGCAAGCACAGAGGUGUGGAUGAGUCUCCUCUGAACAAUGAGGUGCUCAACACCAUUCUCCUGUUCUUAUUUCCUGAUGCUGCUGACAAACUUGCAGAUGUAUUUGAAAACAGAGCCAGCACUUCAGCAGGAAACAAUCCUCCUCCCGAGAAUGAAGAUUAUAAUCUCUUCAGCCAGUUUAAGUCUGCUCCAUCUGACAGUCUGACAUACAAAUUAGCUUUAUGUCUUUGUAUGAUAAACUUCUACCAUGGAGGACUCAAAGGAGUGGCACAUCUUUGGCAGGAGUUUGUGCUGGAAAUGCGUUACAGAUGGGAGAACAACUACCUUAUUCCAGGAUUAGCUAAUGGCGCUCCAGAUCUCAGAUGUUGUUUACUGCAUCAGAAACUGCAGAUGCUAAAUUGUUGCAUUGAAAGGAAGAAAGCAAGAGAUGAGGGGAAAAGGGGGAGCACGUCUGAUCGUUCACCUGGUGGUGCUUCUGGUGAUGGUGCCAAAGGAGGAGACCACUCUGGAGAGAACCCUGACAAGGAAAAAGAAUUUGGCAAGUCUUGGGAAUCGUGGAGUGACAGUGAAGAGGAGUUUUUUGAAUGUCUUAGUGACACAGAAGAUCUUAAAGGAAAUGGACAGGAAAAUGGCAAGAAAGGAGCAAAAGAGUCUGUAAACUUAAAACCAGAAGGUCGUUUGCACCCACAUGGAAAACUGAUGCUGCUGCAUCCAGGAGAGCCUCUCUAUGUUCCCAUAACACAGGAGCCAGCCCCCAUGACCGAGGACCUGCUGGAGGAGCAGUCGGAGGUGCUGGCCAAGCUGGGGACAUCAGCGGAGGGCGCUCACCUGCGGGCGCGCAUGCAGAGCGCCUGCCUGCUCUCCGACAUGGAGUCCUUCAAGGCAGCUAACCCUGGCUGUUGCCUGGAGGACUUUGUGAGGUGGUACUCACCCCGGGACUACAUCGAGGAGGAGGUGAUCGAUGAGAAGGGGAACAAAGUCAUCAGGGGCGAGCUGAGCGCCCGCAUGAAGAUCCCCAGCAACAUGUGGGUGGAGGCCUGGGAGACAGCAAAGCCAGUCCCAGCACGGAGGCAGAAGAGGCUUUUUGAUGACACCAGGGAGGCUGAGAAGGUACUUCAUUACCUUGCAGUUCAGAAACCAGCUGACCUUGCAAGGCAUCUCCUGCCUUGCAUCAUCCAUGCAGCUGUACUCAAGGUAAAGGAGGAAGAAGCAGUAGAAGAUAUAUCUUCAGUUAAGAAGAUUAUCAAGCAGAUAAUAUCCCAUUCCAGCAAAGUGCUACGGUUUCCCAGUCCAGAGGACAAGAAGUUGGAAGAAAUCAUUGCUCAGAUUAUGAGUGUGGAAGCCAUCAUUGCCAGGGCAAGGUCUCUCAAAGCAAAAUUUGGGGUAGAGAAAUGUGAAAAUGAAGAGGAGAAAGAAGAUCUACAAAGAUUUGUAAACAGUCUCCUGGAGCAGCCAGAAGUGUCAGUGGUUGGUGCAGGAAGAGGACCUGCUGGCAGCAUCAUUCACAAGCUGUUUGUGAAUGCUCAGAGGCUGACUGAAUCUUCUGAUGAGGUGCCCGCGCCGCCGGAGGAGGAGCUGCGGCGCUCGGGCUGUCCGGAGGAGCGCAGGCAGGGCGCGCAGUCGGAGUUUCCCCCGCCCGCGGGCCGGGAGGUGAUCCUGCGCGCCUCGGUGCCCCGGCCCGCGCCCUACUCCAAGGCGCUGCCGCAGCGCAUGUACAGCGUGCUGACCCGCGAGGAUUUCCGCCUGGCGGGCGCCUUCUCGGCCGACACCACCUUCUUCUGA